GCCGUUACAGAAACAUGGCUGAAAGCUUUUAUAACAAUAUUGAUGUCGCUGUUAUGGGUGUAAGUAGUUGGUUCUUGUGCUUGUAAGCUUAUCAAGAAGGGGAUAGUGGUGUUAAAGUGGCAUCUUUACAAUGCCGAAAUAUUACGAGGAUAAGGAGGAAGAUAACAGAGCCUGCGCCGGUAUCAGAGAGGAUUUCAAGGCAUGUCUCCUUCAGCACGACUGCGUGGUAAAGGAGGGGAAGAUGCCCAGUGAGUGUUUGAAGGAAGGCCACUGCAAAGCCCUGCAGACAUCAUUCUUUGAGUGCAAGAGGUCAAUGCUGGACACAAGGUCAAGAUUCAGAGGAAGGAAGGGAAACUGAGGAACCAUCUGAACAUGGCCGUAUGGCUGAGUGAAUACUGGAUGAGCAGCUGUAAAUAUUUAUAAUGAUUUAAAUGAAAGAGUGAUGCUCACAGGUCAGUGCAUGUGUGGCUUUACGAUCUCAUCCGAAGGACGUGUGUCAAGAAAAUGGGACUAAUCAAUACAGAACAAUGCACAAAGGGAUUACCAACUCAUCAGCAAAGUGUCGUGCUGAAAAACCUGGAGCUCUCACAGGAUGGAGCUUUUUCUGGAUGUAUGAGAGCGCGUGUUGUGCCAUGCAAAAGAAAUACUUGGAAUAAAAGAAAUAAUGAAUGA